AUGUCCAAAAUGGCUCUCGAUAUAUCCCCUCUUGUUGUUAGACUUCCAGUGUCAAUGUCAAAGCGAUCUGUAAACACCAUCAUAGCACACCAUUUACCCCGCCCCCAAGGUCUCCCCCAUCUCAUCGGGUACCAAAUUUGUCCUUCCCAUGGUGCAUCUCAAACGAAACACAUCACCACCGCUACGCACCUGGUCCCCAGUUUUGUCAACACUAUCUAUAUGACCAUCACGAUAUACCAUCUUAAAGACGAAAUAUAA